UUACAAAAAGGAAAAAAGUAACCAUUAGUUAAAAACCAUUCGUUCCCCAUCUGAAUAAUAAUCGUAAAUAAAGACAUGACAUGCCAUAAAGUGUAUUUGAGUCAUAUGUAAGUGGAAAUAAAUUGUGAAUAUUUGGAUAUUCUUCAUCGGAAGCUUUACAAAGAGAAGUGAAGAUCUCCACGUGUGGAUGUGUAUUUGGCAACAGUGACUGUCUGGUUUUGGAAUAUAUCCUCAGCCCUGACGGGGGUGCCAUGGCCCCUUUCGGUGGGAGACUGUCCAAUGCCGGGGAUUCUCCAGGGAAGGGUCUGUUCUAGGGACCUCUGGGUGUUUGGCAGAAGGAAACCUGGUUUUUGAGGACUGAAAGUGAUUGCCUAGCAAUGCAGGUCUCAGCUUUGGUUCUUCUGCUGCUCUGCUGUGGCACUAUACAGCGGCUUACCUUAGUGUUGGGUGAUCCUAAAGCUGCUAAACUGCACUUUCAAGCCAACAACUCCACCACCCGGCGGGAUCCAGAUACACAGGGUGAUUCCUGUGAACUUACUGAAGAGGCUCUGGAAAUACCUGGGAACAGAGUAUCACCCAUACAAAGUGAUUCUUCAGGGCAAAAGAUAGUACAGCUUGGUCAAAGACACAGGGCAGCAAAGCUAGAUUUAACAGCAAAGGCCAACAACCAAAGGAAAGAGGGACCAUAUCAUUCAUCUCCCAAGAAACAAAUCAUAACAAGUAACAAGUCAGCACCAGCCAAGACCAAGUCUGGACAGGAACCCAGACCAAAGAAGAUCAUUGCAACAGCACAUUUAGGUAAGCCAAUGGCACCAAACAAGAGAAGAGGGAAGAAUGACACAUCUCUGUCAGCAGAGGAUACAGUGCAGCCCGAGGAUAAAAUAAACAACAAUAAAGGAAAUGGUCUGGAAAAGGCUGGAGUACAUGAUGCUUCCAUGGUGAUAGGAUUCACAGAGACAGCAAAGACGGACACACUUUCAGAACCAAUAGCUCUGCUUGAAUCUUCAUCGCCUGCGAUAACAGAUGAUGAAGGUGGCCGAGAAGAGCUCACAAACAGAACAUCGUCUUCAAAAUGGAGUCAUCUCUUCUUCCCAAACACAACGCAUGAGGCGACGUCAGGGAAUGUGAUAAAAGGCACUGCUUCAAUAGGUGUAACAGUGGACAGCCUACGUCUAAAUGCUACAGGAAAAGCCGUUAAUUUUACAGGAAAUACUGAACAGUCAGGGAGCGUCACAGGAGUGACACUGACAUUAACAGGCAGGCCUCCUGAGCCAAGACAUCUCAGAAAAUCUGUGGACCCAAAGAUAAACCAUAUGGAAAUUAUGAUUAAGCAGACAGCUCCUCCAACCUCUUCUGUCUCUUCCACAGAGAACAGCACUGCAGUGACAACGUUGGAGUCAGAACUGUCAGGGGGACAAAUUAAGUUGGAAAUUCAGUCUGGGCUAAUGGACUCUAAAAUGAUGAAUAACUCACAGUUUGCUGCUCUGCCGGGAGACAUCACGGACAAUCUCACAGGGCCAGAUGUGUCACGUGGAAAGCCUGAGAAAAUGGAUUUAACUAUGCAGAGACCAGCUCGUCAAAACCAGUCUGCUACGUCAGAAAAGUGGACAGCCAAAAGUCCUUUGGACCGGGAACUAAUUGGAAAUACAACCAUUAAUAAUUUGAGAGUGAAUGAAGAAAUGGAAACUGCUGCACCUCUAGUACUGCCAGGGAUGCAGAAAACAUUGCUUGUAAAUCCAGCAAUUCAUAGACCACCAACAAACAUGUCAAAGUUGACAGAUAAGGACAAAGAGACGACAACCAAAGCAAGAGGGACAGAUGCAGGGGACAGCAAAAUGACUCAAGGCAAACCAGAAGUAACCACGACUGAGAUCCUGGAAGGCAAUCUUCGACCAACGCCCACCCACAGGGGCAGAGGUCCAGCCAGCACGGAGAGCCCAAGAGGCCCACGGGGUCAUAGGGGCCCUCCUGGAUUGCUUGGGCCACCUGGGCCAAAAGGAGAUAAAGGAUAUGCUGGGCCCACAGGGCGCACGGGGCCACCGGGGUACCCCGGUGCCUAUGGUCCACCUGGUAUGCCUGCCAUUGUGGUGUGGAAAACAUCUGAGGAGGAAUGGGUGAAGUUCAAGAAAAAGAAAAUAUACAAAAAGCUUAUUUCCACUUGGCCGAGACGGAAGGGGCCACAAGGACCAUAUGGACUCCAAGGUGAUCCAGGGCCAUCCGGGCCCCCAGGGAUACCUGGGAAGAUUGGGAGGAAGGGAGAACGAGGGAGAAUCGGUGACCCAGGGCCCCCGGGGUUGCCGGGUCCCCCAGGUAGACCGGGACAAGAUGGAUACCCUGGAGGUGACGCAUCCAGCGGUGCACCAGGACCACCUGGGGAGCAGGGCCCUGAGGGCUACAAGGGCGAGAUGGGCAACAAAGGGGAGCUGGGUGAGUGGGGUUAUCAAGGGGAAAUAGGCCCUCAGGGAGCCAGGGGCCCAAAGGGUGACAAGGGAAAUAAAGGAGUCAGGGGCCCGAUUGGGAUUACAGGGUACAUUGGAGUGCCGGGAGCAAGAGGACCACAGGGAUUUGCGGGGCCAACUGGACCCCCCGGGGACAUUGGAGCACCUGGGUUCUCAGGACUACCGGGGCCCAAUGGAAUCGUGGGUCCAAAAGGAAUAAAAGGGGUCCCAGGAGUUAACGGGCCACCAGGCCAGCCAGGAUCUAUUGGCCUGAGGGGACCCCUUGGCCAACAUGGGGAGCCUGGCCCUGACGGCAUCAUUGGGUUUCCUGGAGUCCGUGGACCACAGGGAAAACCAGGCAGGGACGGACCUCCAGGUCCCAAAGGGGAUCCAGGGCAGCUGGGUAUCGAGGGUGAGAUAGGUGAGCCGGGACUCUCUGGACCAAAUGGAGCCAAUGGAAAUCCAGGAAAAACUGGACCCUCAGGUGAUCCAGGACCCAAUGCUGGAAAGGGUGAUAAGGGUGAACCUGGGCUCAAUGGAGACCAGGGACCCCCUGGUCCUCGAGGAAGUAAGGGAUUCAAAGGCAGAGGGGGACCAUCGGGCCUUCAGGGUGAAGGAGGACCGAGAGGCCCUCCAGGAUCUCAAGGCCCCACAGGUCAUGAUGGGAUAAUGGGAGAAAUGGGCAAACAAGGGAAAGAAGGGCUAAAGGGUGCCAGAGGGCCCCCUGGUGCACAAGGACCUAUUGGGCCAAGAGGAAUGAAGGGUCAUGCUGGUCGUGGAGGAUUUGUUGGUUUGCCAGGCCCUAUGGGAGGGAUGGGGAAAUUGGGAGAACAAGGACCUGAAGGAGAACCUGGUAUUAAGGGUAGGCCAGGAAUUGCAGGGGUAACUGGACCUCAAGGUCUUAAGGGACUCCGAGGCCUCCCAGGAAAUCGUGGACUAGACGGAAUAUAUGGAGCUCCUGGUCCUGUUGGUAAACCAGGAUUAGGAGGGGAUCUUGGACAAAAGGGACAACGGGGUCAAAUGGGGAAGGAUGGAGGUCCAGGAAUUCAAGGUCCCAUAGGGAAAAAUGGAGAUCCUGGUAGCAGGGGAUUGACUGGUAAUACAGGAAGUGCAGGGAUCAAGGGCAUUAAAGGCAAAACUGGUCCAAGUGGCCCUCCUGGACAGCCUGGGCAAAAGGGUGAGAGGGGCCAGGAGGGACCAAAGGGGGUGCUUGGGAGCCCAGGGUUGCAAGGCUUACCAGGACCCAAGGGAUACCACGGAGCUAUCGGCAUACAGGGUAAUAUUGGUCCAUGGGGGAAGCUGGGGCUUCAAGGGCCACCUGGGGACCCAGGGCCAGCAGGACCAGUGGGGCCACAAGGGAUUACAGGUUACCCUGGUAAAGAUGGUCCUAGGGGACCUAUAGGACCACAAGGAGGCAAAGGGGAAAAGGGGUUCAAGGGACUUUCUGGGGAGAAGGGAGUUGCUGGUGUCGAUGGUGAGGAGGGCCCAGCUGGUUUAAUGGGGGCUUCGGGGACACCAGGACAGAAGGGGCCGCGUGGUGAUAAGGGGAAGGUUGGGCCUCCUGGUGGGAGAGGGGUGAAGGGAGCCCAGGGAGUGCCAGGCAGUCAGGGCCUUCAAGGCAUUAAAGGACCACCAGGGAAGCAAGGUUAUCCUGGAGCCCCAGGGGAGAAGGGAUCCCCCGGAGUCCCUGGAGAGAAGGGCCAGCCAGGUGUCCGAGGCGCUUCAGGUCUGGCUGGAAUGUACGGUCCCAUGGGGAAGAUUGGAGGUAGCGGUGUCAAGGGAGAGAAGGGCGUAGGAGGACUCAGUGGAGUACAAGGAAAGCUUGGCCCUCCUGGCCCUUUUGGGCCAAAAGGAUCGUUGGGUUUGCCAGGGAAGACGGGGUCCAUGGGGAAAGUUGGUUUACAUGGACCAAAGGGGGAGCAUGGGGAAAGUGGAAAGCCUGGUAUUCGUGGUGCAGAAGGACAGGGAGGACCUCAAGGUUCUAGAGGGAGCAAAGGAGUUUCAGGAGCUCAAGGCAAAAUGGGGCCAGUGGGACCUAACACAUAUAAAGGAAAUACAGGCCCCAAGGGUAGACCAGGGCCUUUGGGGCUACGGGGCCCCAAGGGCCACAAAGGCAGACAGGGGCCAAAGGGAUCGAAAGGCCAAGGAAGGAGAGGGGUCAAGGGUGCUGUAGGUAAACAGGGAAUUGAAGGUCCAAAGGGAAAGCCUGGACCAUCUGGAAGGGCUGGAUUACCCGGUAAAAGUGGCUUAGAUGGACUUCUAGGUGUUGUGGGAAAUGAAGGUGAUCCGGGGGACAUGGGCUACAGGGGAAGGCCUGGAAGAGCUGGGCAGCCUGGAAGGAAAGGUCCAGUUGGGAUUAACGGUCUAAUUGGGAGUCAUGGAGCCCCAGGUCAUAAGGGCAGUCCUGGCCCAAAAGGAAAGCAAGGACCUCCAGGACCUUCAGGACCUAUGGGGCCGAGGGGGAUUCCUGGACUAGUAGGAGAGAAGGGAAAGGAUGACCAUCGAGGACCAAAGGGUUUGUCUGGUAUCAGGGGGCUACUGGGACCAAUUGGGCCACAAGGAGCUAAAGGGAUUCAAGGAACACUGGGAUUCAAUGGACACAACGGUCCAAAAGGUGUACAGGGUGACACUGGGCCUCCUGGUCCUCCCGGACGCAGGGGAUUCCCAGGACUUCCUGGUCUGCUGGGAAAGAAAGGCAUGAAGGGUGCGAAUGGGCAGCCUGGGUCUAAGGGAGUGAAAGGCCAUCGGGGAACGCAGGGAAAACCCGGUCCUCCUGGAAGUCCUCGACAGAUAAUGCGGCCACAGAAUAGAUCCGGCACAGUGACUGGGAAGAGACAUGGUUUCCAGCACAGUCCGAUGAUACGGAGGGCCACGGAUGUGUUCAGCUGGCCAGAGGGCACCAAGGACAAUCCAGCCACCACUUGCUCAGAGUUGAUGUUGACCCACCCAAACUUGACAGAUGGGCACUUCUACGUGGAUCCUAAUCAGGGCUGCCCUUUCGAUGCCCUAUACGUCUUCUGUAACUUCACAGCAGGGGGGCUGACCUGUGUUUCGCCUGUCAAAUCUCAGAUUUCAGGAAGAUGGGAAUCAGAAAAGAAGAGCUCCAAUGCUUCAAUCCAGUGGUUCAGUCAGCUUAGUAAUGGCUUUUGGUUUGAGUACACAGGCCUCACCACAGUCCAGCUCCGGUUUCUGAGGCUACAUAGUCACUCUGCUUCUCAGCAUGUGACCAUUGCUUGCCCUAACUCUACUGACUCUCACAACGGGACAUCUAAAGGGAGCAAUGCAACUCACAGGAUUCUACGUUUCAUGGGAGACUCCAAAGAACAACACAGACUCUCAGAUUCAGCCUACACCACUGUGUCACGGCAAGGUUGUGAGGUAGAGGUGCAGGUGUCUGUUCGGAGCAGUGCAGGGGUACUGGGGAGCGACAUGGACCUGCUGCCCCUCAGAGACCUCAGUGUGAGGCGCAGGGGAGAGCACUGGGUGCAAGACUUCAGGGCUGUCCUGGGACCGUUGUGCUUUUUGUAGCUGGUCUGUCCAGUGAAAAAUGACUGCUCUGUGCUGGGAUUCAAUGCCUUUAGAGACAUUGGAAUGAGACAGUGCUGAAGCAGCAGGAGCUUGAACUCUCCAUUGCAUUUCUGUGGCAAAACUGGAGCAGAAGUACCAUGGAAAUUCCAGCCAGAGAGUGAGGAAGAGCAACGAAACCCGGACUGCAGUGCUUGUGCAUUGAUCAUUUGGGGGUGGGGGUGGGGGGCAUUAGAAUUGAGACAUACAAGCUGAAAUGUGCAUCUCUUUCCAGUGUUUUUAGAUAACAUUUUCAAAUAGCUUUAUAUAUUUUUGCUUCAUAACAUUUAUGUAGAUUUGUAUUUUGAACUCUGUUCUGAGUAAUGAAAGAUUUCUACAUAAACAUAUGAUUUUUUAGUCAUGCGUGACUCAACUUGAAAUUGAGAAUGGCUCAUCCUCUGAAUCUGAACUUUUCCCUUCUGCAGUGCUGAUUGUCAUUUCCCAGUGUAAGAAAUAAUUCAUAGAUUUGCAUACCCCGGUAAAAAAUAGUAAACACUGCAAAAAUUUUAUACACAGUAGUGCACUAUUUUUUGAGUCAUGUAAUUAACAGGAAUAUGUUACUUUUUAAGUGUAAUGAGAUUUUGAUUUGCUGAUGUAAAUUGAUGUUUUCUUAAAGAUCUUUGGCUUAUACGUUAUACAUUUCAGUGGGUAAUAGAUAUACAAACAUAUGCUAGGAUAAAUUUUUACAGUUCUCCUCAUUUGCGAGCACUUAAUUUCCAAACACUCCACAUAUAGCCAACAAGAUUAUCUGGAGAAUCUCUGAAUAAAGCUGCUUUUAUAACGAAAUGUGUUAAAUAAAAGUUUCCACAUGGAAAUGACUGUGCAUCAUAUUUGUAAAAGAAAAGAAAAGCUGUUGAUUUAGAUUGUGUGAGUGACAUCAGCUCCAUAUUUUCACAUGAGUGACUGACCCGCUGUUCUCCUGCUGGGGCCCGGUGGGUCAGUGCAUUGGGGUGAAUAAUCUCUCAGCUCAGUUUCAGGUCUUCACAUCAAUGGCGAUUACGGCCUCUGGCCAAGCUGGACAAAGAGCUUUUAUCCACGUCCUUCUAAAUGCCUCGCCCAUGUGCACCCUGCAGCCACUGGCCUCCACCAAUACCAGGGACCAUAGUGACACUCUUAGGAGUUUCCCAAAAUUCUAAAUCCA